GCAGGCUGGAACGGGCGUAUUGGGCUUGCUGAUGCUGACAGUUGGAGGUGGGCAUGCUUGGAGGAGUAAGGUGAGGUUGUGGUCUGCGGUUAGGCUAGGUGGCAUGGCGUUGGUUCCCAUAGUGGGGAUUUUGAUCAUGAGCAAUGUGAACACCCGAAUGGUCUUCGAUGUCCUUGAAGAAGCCCGCGCCUCUCGUGGUUGGGGCAUGAGCCUCUAUAACACUUCUCUGGCCAAGAAUGUCUCCGCCGUCGCCGACCAACUCGUUCAAGCAGAUUUAGCCAUGUUUCUCUCCGAAAGAAGCCGUUCAGUUGACAUUACACCCAUGAAAUUACGCUCGAUUCCCUGCUCCCACUUCCCUGGAACGCCCAACACGCAAAACUGCAGACGGGCCUACUUCGUUCCUGGGGGUGUGGAAUUAGCCGCUGCGCCAACGGAUAACGAGUCGAACCACAACAAGACCGAUGUGAUUCUUGCAAGGAGUCAGCGGGGCUACAUCUUCGACUUCAUAGAGGGGCCUGCGAUGAACGAAGAAUGGCAUUUCGAAGCAGACACCGACUGUGAGGUGUACGGCUUCCCAUUCGGGGCGUUCCACCUAUGCCUCAAGAAUCCGGCCAACAACACCCUGAAUGCCAGAAUCGUCCACUGUCCCAACGACAUAUCCACCCUCUCCGACUGCCACACAAACAAAACUUGGCACUCCCGCCCCGGCUGGACAACCUCCCUCACCACCACCUUCCGCGACGCCGACGUCGCGUACAGCAAAAUCAACGGCACCAUCCUCUCGCACACCUUCACCUCCCCCGCCCUCGUUGCGCCCGUCUCCGCGAGCGAGAUGCUCGCCGGCUACCGCUCCGCCUUCUCCUCGUUCCCCGACCUCGCCGCGCUGCUCAAUCUCUUCGCCGACUCAAAGGCCACGAAUCUCUUCUCGCUGUACGUCUACCCCGCCAUGAUCUGGGCGAACUUGAAGAGCGUAGAAGCGCUCGGCCCGCAGAACCCAGCCGUCGUUACGCGCGCGCAGGAUACGCUGCAGUGUUUGCUGGCGAUCAUGCUGUUUUACUGCCAGCCAUCGCUCUUCGCUCGCGCUCUGGCUCAGUAUGCCGAGAACGCAACGCUGGGUGAUGCGUUCCCGACGCUGAAGGUGUUCGCGGAGGAGCUGAUUCACGAGAGUCCUGCGGAUACGGAGGUCGUUGAGGCGGUAACGAGGUAUCAGUUGCAGGUAGGGCGGGCCACACUCGUGGCGUAUGUGGUGAUUUGUGGAACGGCGCUGGGGGCGUGCUUGGUUGCGCUGGGAUGGGCAGCGUGGGUGGAGGGGACGGGCAAGGUGAGGGUGCCUGAGACGACCCCUUUUCCGGCGUGGGAUGAGAGGGUGAGGUGUCGGGUGGAGUCUGUACGGGAUGGAAGUGGUGUGGAAGAUGGAGAGGUGAUGGGUCUUGAGAAGGGUAUAGAUGGCGGAAAGGGGUUAAGUAGGACUGCGGAAGGGCUGAAAGUAGUUCUUGUGAAGGAAGGGGCCGGACAGGGAGUAGAGGAAAAGCGAUCCGCAUAGUCUGCUUGAGAAUAGUUUGAGACUAUUUUCGUACAGAUAGAGUACGCAGCCAAUAUGAGCGUUAUUUCCA